AAGAGCCACAAUAAAUAUUUUUUUGAUUUAACUCUUUUUCAAUUGUAUGCAUAGAGUUGAUCCUUCGGAUAUAAAGAAAAUUUAUUUCGUUCAAAAAAAAAAUUAAAUAAACAAAAAAUGACAAUGGCAUCGCUGUUAUCAAUCCGAAGAUGUUUUCUUAGAUUAGAGUUGAGCCCAAUAUCAAGCAUGUGUGGUUUUCAUACAUCAAGUACAGUGCAGAAGGUAAAAGUCAAUCUAACCCCACAAAUGGCUGCCAAGAAGAAAAGAAAACUAGACAAGAUAUUGAGUAGGCACGAGCGGUUUGGUGGGCGUAUUUUAAAACCUAUAGACGAAAAAGAAGUUUCAGUGCACUUAAAAAGAGACAUUAGAGCUGGCACCAGAACACGUGAGAAAGUUGUAUACUCAUCUGAGGAGCUUGAAGCCCAAAUUCUUUUGAUGAAAGACUGGACAAGAUAUAGGAUGAAGUUUCAUAACAUGGAAAUGAAGGCAUGUUUUAAAAUGAAAGCAGCAGAACAAAAGGCAUUAGAUAAACUAAGGGAAGAGUCUGAAGAACUUUAUCAACAGGCUAUUCAGUGUGAUGAUAAGCUGUUACCAUAUACAUUUAAAGGUCCUCUCAACACACCGCCAAAAACUGACUAUGAUGCUGCGGAUGGACAUUAUAUUGAUAGAACUAACUAUUUUACCGUUGAUACUGGAUUAUUUUAUGAUGAAAGUCUUUUUAAGUCAUCUCGGAAAAAGAGAUAAUAGAAAUAACAUUACAGUGUCAUUAUGGUAUUUAAAUAUAUUUCGAUUAAACUGUGAAAUAUAAAUGUUAA